GCCGGGAUCCCUCCGGGAGCGGCCGCCGAGCCCCGGGACGCGCCGGCAUCGGGCCCGGGAUGUCGCCGCGAUCAGCCGCGGCCCCGCCGGGAGUUCGCUCGGCACACGGCGGGAUCGCCGCCGCGAUCGCCGAGGCCACAGCGGGCACCGGGACCGGGAUCAGCCGCGGUGCCACCGGGACUUUCUUGGGGCCAUAUUGGGAUCAUUCCAGGGAUCGCCGAGGGCGCGGCAGAAUCAGCCUGGGUGUCACUGGGAUCCCACCGGGAUCCAGGAAGGGGUCAGCGGGGCACACCGGGAUCAGCCCGCGGGACUGCCGGGAUCUUCUCCAGGUCAGCCCUGCACCACCAGGAUCUUCUCCAGGUCAGCCCUGCACCACCAGGAUCUCCUCCAGGUCAGCCCUGCACCACCAGGAUCUUCUCCAAGUCAGCCCUGUACCAGCAGGAUCUUCUCCAGGUCAGCCCUGCACCAGCAGGAUCUUCUCCAGGUCAGCUCUGCACCACCAGGAUCUCCUCCAGGUCAGCCCUGCACCAGCAGGAUCUCAUCAGGAUCAUGCCUGGGUCACUCCCAGCAUCAGCCAUCGGAUCACUAAAAUCUCCCCAGGAUCACCAGGACCACACCAGGCUCACUCCUGGGAUCACCAGGGCCACAACAGGAUCUCACCAGGAGCACAUGGGAGAUCGCCAGGGCCACACCUGGAUGAGCUGCAGGACUGCCGGGAUCACCAGGGCUACACCUGGAUCACUCAGGGACAGGCAGGAACUUCCCGGGAUCUUUCAGCAUCCCACUGGGAUCACUCCCUGAGAUCACAGCUGGACACCAGCACCCCUUGGCACCAGAUCCCUGGGGCUGUUCCAGGCCCCAUUUCCCCUAACAAUCACUAAAACCCUUCUUUUUCCUUUCACAGGUCAUUUCCCAUCUUCCCAGUCCCUGGGGGAGCCCCUCCAUGGAAUGGUGCCGGAGCACUUCAGGAGACCCAGCUGCUUCCGGGAUGCCUGUUCACAUGGAAUCCUCCAAACCACAUUUAUAGCUUCCAAUAUUGAGAUUUCUGGGAUUUUCCCAGAUUUGGGAGCAUGGUGUGGGCAGGAGGGACCCACAGGGAUGAGGUGGGAAGCAGAGGAGGGGUGGAUAUAGGGAAGGACAAAGGUUGGUUUAGUUACAGUCCUGUGGAAGCAUUUUCCUGGGAAAUCCAGCCUGGCCUGAAUUCCCAGCAGCUUUUGGAACCUCUGGAACUGGAUGAUUACAAGGAAAAGGUGAUUUCUGGAAUGUUCUCCAGUGCCCUCCCAGGCCCCAGGUGCUGUUACGGGGACAGAAGGAAGCUCCAACCAAUUCAAGCAAACUGAGCACCGUGGGUCCUUUCACUUUGCCAGUUCCCCAUGGAACUGGGGGUGGCCUGGGGAAAAUCCGGGAUGCCUGAAUUCGGGACGCUCCUGCCAUGGCUGGCGCUGGUUUUGGCGGGGGGAUGUUCCUGACAGCUGGGGGCUGUUGACUUUGGGGCUUUCAGCAUUCUCCUCCCAGAUCCCAAAUCCUUCUGAGGCAGCUGGAGGGGCUCAUCCUGGAGAGGAGGAGGCUCAGGGGGCACCUUCUGGCUCUGGAAUUCCCUGGAGGAAGGCUGGAGCCGGGAGGGGCCGGGCUCUGCUCCCAGGGAACAGGACAAGAGGGAACGGCCUCAAGGGGAGGCUCAGGUGGAUAUUGGGAAUGUUCUUCUGGAAAAGGC